GGACAGGACAGAUACAUUCAGCCCACUCUGUGAUGAUGUGAGGGUAUUGCCUCAUUCGUGACGCAGAGAGUGAGAGGGAGUGAGAUCCAUCUGCGUGGACAACACGCACACCGCACUGUGGAGGGGAAGAUUAUUUCUGUCAAGAAUGUUGCGCUGGCCCGUGGUGAGACGCACUCUUCUCGGAGUCUCCCGCCCCGGAGGAGGCGUGGUCGUCCCUGACAACGUCCGCACUGUAGCCACAGCGACGGCCAGUAAACUGGUGGAGGUCUUUGUGGACGGCAGCCCCGUCCUCGUGGAGCCCGGCACCACUGUUAUGCAGGCGUGCGAGAAGCUGGGAGUCCAGAUCCCACACUUCUGUUACCACGAGCGCCUCUCGGUGGCCGGGAACUGCCGGAUGUGUCUGGUGGAGAUCGAGAGGGUGCCCAAGCCGGUGGCAGCAUGUGCCAUGCCAGUGAUGAAGGGCUGGAACAUUCUCACUAACUCUGACAAAACCAGAAGGGCAAGAGAGGGAGUCAUGGAGUUCCUUCUGGCCAACCACCCGUUGGACUGUCCCAUCUGUGACCAGGGCGGGGAGUGUGACCUGCAGGACCAGUCCAUGCAGUUCGGCAGCGACCGCAGCCGCUUCACCGAGGGCAAACGAGCCGUGGAGGACAAGAACAUCGGGCCGCUGAUCAAGACGAUCAUGACGCGCUGCAUCCAGUGCACGCGCUGUGUGCGCUUCGCCAGCGAGGUCGCGGGGGUGGAGGACCUGGGCACCACCGGCCGGGGGAACGACCUCCAGAUCGGCACCUAUGUGGAGCGGAUGUUCAUGUCCGAGCUGUCGGGGAACGUCAUCGACCUCUGCCCCGUGGGGGCCUUGACCUCCAAGCCCUACGCCUUCACCGCCCGGCCCUGGGAGACCAGAGCCACGGAGUCGAUCGACGUCCUGGACGCCGUGGGCAGCAACAUCGUGGUGAGCACCCGUGAAGGCGAGGUGAUGAGGGUGCUCCCUCGGCUGCACGACGACAUCAACGAGGAGUGGAUCUCCGACAAAACCAGGUUCGCCUACGACGGCCUGAAGCGCCAGAGGCUGACUCAGCCAAUGGUGAGGAGUGCGUCCGGGCAGCUGGUGGCCACGUCCUGGGAGGAUGUGCUGACGCGCGUGGCAGGAGCGCUGCAGGCGGCUGACGGCCGUGAGAUAGCAGCGGUGGUGGGGGGACUGGUGGACGCGGAGGCCCUGGUGGCCCUCAAGGACAUGCUGAACCGUCUGAACAGUGACACCCUGUGCACCGAGGAGGUGUUCCCCAUGGUGGGAGCCGGGUCUGACCUGCGCUCAAACUACCUGCUGAACACCGGGAUCGCUGGCAUCGAGGAGGCCGACCUGCUGCUGCUGGUGGGCACCAACCCGCGCUAUGAGGCCGCUCUGGUCAACGCACGCAUCAGGAAGAGUUGGCUUCAUAACGAGCUUCAAGUGGCUCUGGUUGGAAGAAAGGUGGAUCUCACCUACACCUACGAGCACCUCGGAGACUCUGCCAAGAUCCUUCUGGAAAUAGCAGCAGGAACGCACCCUUUCUCCGAGGUGUUGGCUGAAGCCAAGCGUCCGAUCGUCCUCGUUGGGAGCAGCGUGCUCCAGAGAGAGGACGGGGCCGCUGUGAUGGGGGCAGUAGCCUCCAUUUCCCAGAAUGCUCGGGGGGACAACAGGGAAGUGGACGGAAGCUGGAAGGUUCUCAACGUGCUUCACAGGGUUGCGAGUCAAGUGGCUGCACUUGAUCUUGGGUAUAAGCCAGGGGUGGAGGCCAUUAGGAAGAACCCGCCCAAGGUUCUGUUCCUGCUGGGCGCCGAUGCCGGCUGUAUCACCCGACAAGACCUCGCCGACGACAGCCUGAUCAUUUAUCAAGGUCACCAUGGCGACGCCGGUGCACCGAUGGCGGACAUUAUACUUCCCGGAGCGGCGUACACGGAGAAAUGUAGCACUUAUGUGAACACGGAGGGCCGCGCCCAGCAGACCCGGGUGGCGGUCACGGCUCCAGGAAUGGCUCGCGAGGACUGGACCAUCAUCAGGGCCGUCUCCGAGCUGGCCGGUGUGACUUUGCCGUAUGACACACUGGAUGAAGUACGGGACAGAUUGGAGGAAUGUGCCCCAAAUCUGGUGCGCUAUGACGAUAUUGAAGAGGCCAACUAUUUCCAGCAAGCCUACGAGCUGUUCAAGGGAGGGGACCAGACUGUCCUUGAUGAGCCCUUCAGCCCUCCUCUGCUUACUGUGAAGGACUUCUACAUGACCGACCCUAUAAGCAGAGCCUCUCAGACCAUGGCCAAGUGUGUGAAGGCGGUGACAGAAGGCGCCCAGGCUGUGGACGAGCCCUCCAUAUGUUAGAGCCUGACAACCUCACAGCCAAAUGCACACAAAUGGAAACGCACAACGACAAAUGCACUUUCAAAGAUAUAUUUAUUCAUGUUUUGGUGUAAUGAUACCUACUCUUCCAGAUUUUAAAUCGAUGAUUUUGCUAAGCUAUGCAAAUACCACAUUACCAAACAAUAUACUGACCUCUCCAUAGACAUUCAAAUGAUAGACUGCAGAACUGUUGUGUAUUCAUGUCUCAUAUCUAAUACAUAUAAGAAACCACCUACUAUCUAUUUGUAACGUGUUAUACAUAGCGUUUUAUAUUAAAGUCUUUAUCAAUGUUAAAAAAAUAACUAAUGUAAUAAAUUUAUAUUUUAUAGCAAGUCAAAUUAGG